GCCCUUAUUUAGUCAGUGAGGAGGAACAGCCCAUGGAUCAGAAUAGGACUCUGUCCCAGCUCAGUUGAAAGAAAAACUGUGCAACUCUCAUCAGAGAUCAAACAGCAAGUCCAGUCAGAUCAUUAUCAGGGGAUUUAUGCAGAUUGCAAGAGCAAAUACAGUGCACAAAUCAUUCCUGCUGUUGGACAUGGGAAGCAAGAAACAUGUGCAGUUAAGGAUCGAGUCAGCAUCAUGACUCCUCAGCAGAAUAACGGAGACCAGAGGAAACAAAAAGCAGAAAGUGGAAGUGAAAUGUUUGGAAAAUCAGAGACAGAAAAGAAGAUGAAACCUGCAGUGGAAAGGAAACGCUCUGCACCCACUAUGGUCUUUAGUAAAGCACUCAGCAAAUCUAGAUUACCAUCCAGAGAUGGUCUGAUUUCCCCCACGUCUCCUGACAGUAAAUCCCUGGUUCGAGCCUUCAGCAGCCCCACGACAGCCUUUAUCAUGGACGAGCGGGUCCAGCUCACCACAGGACUGCAGACACAGGAACGUCACCUCUUCCUCUUUAGCGAUGUCUUGGUGAUCACAAAAUUAAAGUCAUCGACAAACCUAAAACUGAAGAACCAGGUCAGAUUGUGUGAGAUGUGGACAGCCUUCUGCAUUGAUGAAGUGUGUGAGAGGAAAACAACUCCAGAAAAUUCCUUUGUUAUUGGAUGGCCCACAACUAACUGUGUGAUCACCUUUAGUUCAUCAGAAGUGAGGGAAAAGUGGCUUUCAGCACUGCAAUGGCAAAUCAAAGAGAUGAAACAAGAUGAACAUCCAAAGAAAAUAUCAAUGAAAAUGUUAGUGAUGACAACACAGAGUGGUGCCUCAGCAUUAACACUCAAGGUGGGUAACACAGAUACAGCAAGAAAGGUCAUUAAAAUGGCAGCUCAACAACUCAAUGCAAAAGACAGUGCAAGUAAUUAUCAGCUUUGGGUGAUUUCAGGAAAGGAAGCAGCGCCCUACCCACUGAUUGGUCACGAGCAGCCAUUUAGUGUUAUAAUGAACUGUCUCAGAGAUUUUACUGCACAUGUGGAGCAAUCUGAUGCUAACGUCUACUCCCAGGGGAGUAACAGGGUUGUCCUCCUUGAAGAUCUCCCAAAGUCUAAACAAUGUCAGUUUAUUCUGAAGCCAAGACCCCAUCCAGAUAUUCAUAUGACCAGAGAAUCAACUCCAAAAAUUCUUAGAAAGAAGAAGUCAAUAAUAGAUUGGGCGCUAAGGCGCAGUUCCAGCAACCAGUCAGACAGCAGUCUCACCUCUGAGUCUCCAAUCACACCAAGAAAGCUUUUUGGACUGUCACUGCCCUCGAUCUGUAAGAAUGGUACCCUUCCAAAGCCAAUCAUGGAUAUGCUUGUUCUGUUGUACCAUGAAGGCCCCUCCACCAAAGGCAUUUUCAGACGUUCAGCAAAUGCCAAGACCUGCAAGGAGCUAAAGGAGAAACUGAAUUCUGGAAAUGAAGUGCAUAUGGACAGAGAAUCUGUGUUUGUGGCAGCUGCUGUAAUCACGGAUUUUCUACGUAAUAUCCCUGGCAGUGUUCUGUCAUCUGAAUUGUAUGAAAAGUGGAUGGAAGGAAUAGAAAAUGAGAAUGAAGAGGGAAAGGUACAGUCCAUAAAGAAUCUAAUUGAGGAGCUUCCUGAAGCAAAUGUCCUUCUUCUUCGUCAUUUGUUUGGUGUUUUAAAUCGCAUUGAAAAAAACUCAGAAGAGAACCAGAUGACAGCUUUUAACCUGGCUCUUUGCAUAGCUCCAAACAUGCUGUGGCUUCCUAGUCCAAUGAGCCCAGAGGAAGAGAGCAAAUGCACAAGAAAGGUGGCCAUUCUUGUACAGUUCAUGAUUGAAAACUCUUACCAAAUCUUUGGCAGUGGGCUGAAUUCUCUCUUUGGGAGAUCACAAGAUGUCCAGCAUGGCAAUUCUGAGGACUCUUUAGAUGUGGACUCAAUACAGCCACAGUAUUCAUCCGAUGACACAGAAUCAGUAUUGUCUGAUCAAAAUAAACAAAAGCUUCAAAAGGAACGGCAAAGGAACUCUAUCUUCAUCACCUUGAACAAUUCCAAGCGGUAUGCUACUGAAGAAACCAAAGACAUUAGGAGUCAGCAAAGAUUCUUCAAUGAAGAAGUUUCAUCCAGGAAAAUACUGGAGAAAAGUGACAGUGGAGACCUCUGCGAGCAAUCAGAAAAUGAGUCCUUAUAUUCUUAUUCCUCCGUUUCUUCUCUUGCGGCUAUUCAAAGCAUUGACUCAGCUCGGGACCGUUGUUCAUCAGAGCCCAGUGUUUGCCUGUCGCACCAUCUUGCUUUGUCUCAUGAGCCAGUGGCCCGCCAAUCCAGCUGUGACGCAACCAUGACUCAUGGCCAUAUUGAUUACUUACAGCAGUUGAAAAUGCUUCAGAUUGAAAGCCAGAAGCUAUUAGAUGAUGGGAAAGGACCUAUUUCUAAUAAAAUGAAAUAUACAUUUUGGAGGUCUCCUCAGAUUAAUGCCAAAAUGAAGCAGCCUAACCUCCACAGACUGAAUUUGUCAACAAGGUCAAGUUUGUCUAGCCUAUCUUCUCCUACAACUUCACCCUCAGAGUCGUCACUUAGUUCAAUAGAUAGUGCCUUCUCUUAUUCUGACUCUUCAAUGUUUGGUCGCAAUGACUCUUUUCUCUGCAUGUUGGGGAAUUCUGGAAGAAACCAGGUAUCCUUAUCUUAUACCUCCAAUAGGCUUUCUGGUAAAGUGCCUGAGGCAUCUCCAUCUUCAAUGGCUUGCUGCCUUGAUGAUAUGCAUUGGUACAAUGAAAUAGAGAAAGAAAGGGACUUGGAUUGUGAGACCGAGGAAGAGGAUUCAGCCCAAAUAUCAAUGGGGCACAAAAGUCAAAUGUCUUUGGAUGUUGAAAGUUCUGAGAAAGAUACUGAAUGUUUUACAAGUGUGACAUAUGUUGGACAAGAUUAUACUGAGACAGACCUUGUCCAGAAUAACACAGAGAUGUUAAAUGGAGAAGGUCAUCAGGAAAAAAAUAGUUUGACUGUUCCUAAUGCAACACAAUUUGUUACAUCACCUGAGGACCCAACUUGUAGUGAUAUUAAACGCACUAAAAUAACCUUCUACAUGGCACCAGGAAAGGUCUUAACUGUACAGCACAAGGAUGAUCAAGAGAAGCAGAACCCUGAAGUUACCAUUGCCGAACAAGAUGACAAAGGCCACCAUCGUGUUUCAUCACCUAGAAAAGAAACUACAAGAUGGUCAGGGCAGACUAUUAAGCUCCACAUCCCACAAUCUGUGUUUUAUGGACAGAAUUCACCCUUGGUUCUCCAAUCUGUGGGGCGACGACAAGUCUUUGAAAGAUCCAAAUCAUCUGAGCAAAAAAUUAUUCCUGAGGACUUUUUAACCAGAAGUCCUUCCAGGGACUCUCCUUUACAGAGUGACAAGGAGUUAUUGGACUGCUCAAGUCAACCUCAGCAAUGCAGCAAUAGCACAAGUAAUAAAAGACAUACUAUUCGUAUUGUUUUACCUCCUUCUGUUAAAAGUACUGUCAAGGACUACUUCCUUCACAAUGAGGCUAAACACUGCCUCAGAGACACUACAACAGUUGAGAGUGAGCUAGUUAGAAGCAGGCAAGAAUGGCAAAGCAGAAGAUGCACCAAUACACAUUUAGAAGACUUUGAAAAGAUUAUUUUCACAGAUGAAUCUUAUGUCUGAAAAUGUAAUGUUCUAACAGAUGUUUUCAUUACACCUGUUAAAACCAGAUCAGCUCUUCAUACUUUGUUACUGAUAUACCCACUUCCUGCAUAAAAGAUGACAUGGGUGGUACUUAUGCAUAUUGAGCACUGGCAGCAUUACUAUGGCCUAGAAGAUAUUGUUUCAGCCAUUAACAAUCUCUGACAUGUUUGUAGAAUAUUCCUCCACCCAUUAUUUUAAUAGAAAUGCUAAUUGUUUAAAGCCUUUUAAAAUACUGGGUAAAGGGACAUUUUUUGCUUUUAUAUGCUCAUAUUGAAAGCAUCAAUUUCUGGAUUAAUGUCACGACAAUAUUUCUUACAGCACCCUUCUCAUCGUUAUUUCUCUCUGGCUUAAGCACAUCCAGCUUUUUAGGAAUUUUAUCUUUGAUAUCAAGCCAAUGUUGAAGGUUUUCUUUUACGAUAUCUGAAUCAGGCAGGUCCAAACUUCAUGAGUGACCAAUCAAUUCAACUUUGCUUUUACAAAUAGAAUUGCACUAACUGAACAGGCAUCGGGAAGAUUACCAGGAAGUUGCAGGUAUUUGGUUGAUUGAACGCCAGUUAUAGCCCUACACACAUUGGGACCCAUAAGUUAUAUGCUGUGUGUAUUGAGGAUUGAGGUCAUAGAGUCACACAGCUCAGAAACAGGCCCAUUAGCCCACCAAGUCCACAUGCUGACCAUGAAGCAUCCAUUUACCCUAAUUCUAUUUUAUUCUCCCUACAUUCCAUUAACUUUACCACUGACCUACCUACUGAAGGCAAUUUACAGUGGCCAACUAAGUCACCAACCUCCAUGUCUUUGGGAGAGGGGAGGAAACAGGAGCACCUGGAGUAAGCCACACAGUCACAGAGAGAAUGUGCAAAUUCCACAGCAACAGAAGUCAGGAUUGAACUUGAGUAGCUUGAGCUGUGAGAUGGUAGCUUUACUAGCUGUGCCACUAUGUCACCCAACAGAUAUCUGCCUCCAAGGGAGAAAAUCUGCACAACUUAAAGGGGAAACAGAAAGUCCACAUAUAUAGAUUUUCUUCAUUUGUGGAACAUUUGAUUGACUAUUUUCCCCCUGAUUGCUGUGUCUAAUAAGUAUAGCCAUAAGCUCUAAUCACCAGGAUGUGCCAUUUACUGAUCUGUUGCAGACUACCUCAUCUCAAGUAGAACAGUGGAAGGGGGGCUAUUAUAAUUAGCUUCUCAUGAGACUAGGAAGAGCCAAUGUUAGAGGCUUGUUUACUCAGCGUGUGUGCAUGACUAUCAGGCAAGAGCAAAAAUAUGCCUGUUUGAUGAUACUCAUUGUUUGUGCCACAUAAUAUACCAGAGGACUGCAGAUAUGUUGUCCUGAAAAACACAACGGAGAGUGCCAUUGGAUUGGAUAUGUAUUUGCUUACCUCUCUGGUUCUUUGUCUGACUUUAUAUGCAUAAUGCAGUUAAUUUCCAGUGAGAGUGAGGCGGUAUAGCUCUUAAACCUGUCACUUUGGUACAUUCCUUUUGACACAUAUUGCAUUUGGAUUUCUUUUUAGCAAUGGUACCCCAUUUCUCAAUGUCAUAGAAGAUGUUUAUAAUUUUUAUUUGAAAGAAAUUGCUGUUCUUUUGUUCCUGCAUGAACAACAUUGAUUGUAUAGUGUAUAGUGCUGAAGCAAAUGUUAAACUAUUGCAUUCAUUUUAAUCUGAGCUAUUAAUUACCUUGAAUGUUACUCAUCAUGAAGAAUAUUGUAGAGCACCAUAUUUAUUACAACUAAUGAACACUAAAGUUUUUUUUAUAAAUAUAUGAAGCUUCAUUAAAAAUUAGUUAAU